AUGUCGCAGUACGAGGAGGAACAGGCGAUGGAAAUCGAAGCCCUGGAGAGCAUCUUCAUGGAUGACAUGAAGAGACUUCCCGAGAACUCGGGCGAUGGGAUUGCGCACGCGAGCUCGUCGUGCUACCAGGUUGAGAUAAGCGCCUACGGUGAGAACGAUAGCGAGCCGGAGGAGGGAAAGGAGCGGGACGACGCUGUGCUGGGUUUAGUUUUCGCGCACACGGAGCGGUACCCGGACGAGCCGCCGCUUCUGAAGUGUCGAAGCGUCCGCGGCUUGCGAGAGGGCGAGCUCGGGGAGAUUAGCGCGUUAGUACUCGAACAGAGCGAGACGUCGGUCGGGCAGGCUAUGAUAUUCGACCUGACGCAGACGUGUAAGGAUUGGAUGCGUCGACGCGCCGGGGCGAGCGAUUUCGUCGACGAGGAAACCGAGGAGGAACUCCGUGCGCGCCUGGAGCACGAGGCCGAGGAGCGCCUGCGCCAGAUGCGCAUAAACGGAACCCCGGUGACGAUAGAAAAUUUCAAAUCUUGGCAGCUCGCCUUCAUAAAAGAGCGCGGGGAGUCGUUCAAUCCCGGACGAGUCCGUGACGCCGACGAGUUGACCGGGCGCCAAUAUUUUGAGAGCGCGAGAAAAUCCGGCAAGGACGUCGAAGCCGACGGCGGCGACGGCAGCGAAGGCGAUUUCGAACCCGACACCGAUUCCUCCGAGGACGAUUUCGCCGAUUCCGACUCCGACGUGUCCUCCGUCGACGCCGACGCGUAA